GAAAUUUCGCUUUCGUUCACUCGCGGUUAUUAGUCGGCCGCGCGCGCUCCGGCAAGCAUGUGUUUCGUGUGACGCUCCAGUACUCUCGCGGCGCACGUUCGAUUUCGUUAGUCGAUCGUGGUGCAGCAUGGCUCCGCGAAGACAAGGCGCGACUGGUGAACGGGAGACAGAAGAAAGUCACGGGUGCUGCGUACCUAGCGAAUGCCUACGCCCCCGGGAAUCCGUACGCAUUGAAGACGCUGUUCGCGUGCUUUGCAGCAACGACACGUGCCCUGCCGGCCGGCAUAUGCACAGAGAAUGUUUCGAUCAAUGGGAAGCAGGCGUCCUGGCUUACCUCAAGUCCUGUGGCCGAGCUCGAUCGUGGUCUGAGAGGCAAAGGCAUCAGAAUCUAUGGACCAAGAAGGGUUACGACUUGGCAUUCAAAGCUUGCGGUUGCCGGUGCGGGCGUGGACACUUGAAGAAAGAUCUUGAUUGGUCUCCGCCUGGCUCGGCAAUACGGGCAGAAGAAGAUAAAAAGAAACGUAGGCGGGCAAGAUCGAGCCGUACACCAGCUGCUAUCGAUGUUCGCUCGAGGGCCUUCAGCUUGUCCAGCUCUGGCUCCUGCUCACCGCCUUCCGCACCUUCGGAGCCAUCCACGAGCCCUACUCACGCUCCGCCUAACCCGUUGACACCCGCAAAGAGAAAUUCUAAACAUGAAAUCGUAUCCGACAGGAUCAGGGCUGGUGCUGGCGCGAAUGGUAUAUUUUCUAGAAGACUGGACUUUUCUACUUUCAACCUUUUGCCGAAGCAUAAAGUCAACUCAUAUCAGAUUAAGAUUGAAGACGAAGGUAACCAUGGCAACGAUGACACAAGGCUUUUCAUCUUGUCCACGCUAGCUGGGCAGCACAAACCUAAGGUGUCUUGUGCCCUCUGCAAAGAGACUUUGCACGUGUUUGACCGGUACCCCUUGGUCGAUGGAACUUUCUUCCUUAGUCCACGACAGCAUACCAGCAGCGCUGUAGAGGUGAAAGUGGAAGGUCGAACGCAGUACCUGACCUGCGUCUGCAUGGGCUGUCUGGAGAGAUGUGACCCCGAGCGCACUAUUCGCUGCCGUUUUUGUGGACAAAAGUGGGACGGCUCCUCACUGGUACUCGGCACCAUGUACUCCUAUGACAUAUUCAUGGCCACGCCGUGCUGCGCUGAACGAUUGAAGUGCAACAACUGCUACAAGCCACUUCUGCACCCGAACCAGCGCCUGAACUACUCCGACUACUCUCACCCGGUGACGUGCCCGCACUGCCGCGUGCUAGACACGCACUUCGUCAAGCCGCUGACCUACUGCUUCACAAAACGGGUUUUCCCGCUAUUCCAGCAGUGGCCAUAACAAACGGCGGUGCCGGGGCCCAGCCCCGGCACCCCCCCGGACACUUGGGGCCUCGCGCCGUCGCCCCCGCGACGCGCUUCG